UUAUAGUGGGGUAAUAAUACUCACUUUAUGCAUGAUUUGAUUGAACACAAAAUAAUACAGUAAACACAUAAAAUAAUAGGCUAUUUUUGAAUAAAACACUUGAAACUCAUGAAAUGUAACCAAAAAAAUAUUUGAGCUCUAAAAAAACAAUUAGCCGCCAGAAAUGCAAAUCCGGUCGUACUAGCCGUGUGAAAUUUUUCACACACGGGUAGUGAAUCCGGCUACGAUUUUGUGGCGGCUAAUAUUUUUUUUGGGAGCAAAAAAUCAUUUUGAAGUAAUACAUAUGGUUGUAAAAUUUUUUACCUUGUUAUGAAUGUUUGAAAGUAACAUAUGUAUCCCUUUUUGUGUAUUUCUAUUUAUUUGUUAAUGUUUUAGUCAAAAAAGUACAUGUCCACAUGAAAUAAGAGAUAAGGUGACUGCACAAAUUUGGAUUGUAAUGAGGCUUUAAUGCUCACUUUCUGCAUGCAUUUGAUUGCACAUUGAAUAAUAGAUUGAAGUGUACUGAAUGAAUGAACAAUACAUUUCACGUGAAUUUGUACAAAGGAAUCUAAUAUUAGUCUAUAAUGGCUACACUUGUGAAUGAGAAAACAUAAAUCCAAAUACUCGUAGAAAGAGCAUUCAGUUAAAAAAUUGAGAAAUUGAAACCCUCAAAGAUUUGAGAAGUGGUUUGUGCGAUAGUUGGUGCAAUUGGUGUUCAAAUUCUACUUGAAGAGGUGAUUUUCUCAUAUAUUGUUUGUGUAAUUAAUAGUUUGAAUGUUUUAUGUUAUAUUUAUGAGAAUUUUUAAAGUGUUUAUGCAUAUUUUAAUACUACAUUUUAUGUGUUUUUAUAGAUGGAAUUCGUUAGAUACAUAUAUGUGAGAUACAACGGACUCGUCGAUGGUAUACACUAUGUUGGUGGGGAUACAGAGGUCCUUCCCCUCGUCAACGAAACUAUUGAGAGCCUGAUGUGCAGCGUCAACAAUAUUAUGAGGACGCAUUCGUUGAGCUCGAGCUACCAAUUGUAUUAUUUGGCGACCAAUCUAUUUGGUAGGGAGAUGAAAUGUGGCUUGGCCACAGACGAUGACGUGGAAGCCUUGUUGGCAACUGCCGACUAUCCCAUGGUGUACGUUGAGCACUACAACGGUCCGAUUGUAGAAGAAGCCUACAUCCCUACUUUUAAUUUUGCUGAACCUUCGGGACACGUAGAUGAAGCACAAUGCAGUCAGUAUGAGACGCCGUAUUAUCAUCAUACGUCGUUUCAUGGUGUCCAGAGCUCGCCUCCACGACAAUAUUUUAAUUGGGAUGGACAACCGCUAGACGAAUCUGCAUGGAAUCAAACCGAAAGGCUUAAUGAAGUAUGUGGGAGAUUGAACGAUGUGCGGACAGAUGAUGAACCUGAGCACGAAGCUGAAGGCUCGGUUGCAUCAGGAGACGAUGAUGAUUCUGAUGACGAAGAAUUUGACCCUGCGCUCGAGGUGGGCACUGCUUCUGAUGCCUCUGAGGAUUUAUUAGACGACGAUCUAAUUGAUUUCACGGAGACCGAGCGAGCAGGUUGGAUCCGACAACCGACAGCCGAGACCGGUGAUCUAACUAAUUGGUUAGUUCCCUUGAUUCCAGUGGACGCCUCGGCUUCGCUGGUUGCUCGCGAGAGUGACCCUUCUAGAGUUGAUGAUCUGCAGAAGAAUUCUUUUUACAACAGCAAAGACGACCUGAUCAUUGCUGUUGGUUUGUGGAACAUGAAGCGAGGCACUGAGACAAAAGUUGUCCGCUCAGAUCCGGGACGAGUCUAUUUCUCGUGCAAGCACUCUGACAACUGCAAUUUCGAUCUUCGUGCGUCUGUUCACGGCCGAGGGAUGUGGAGAGUGCAUAAGUUGAAAGAGCAUUCAUGCGAAGGGGACUUGCGCACAGCUAAAAAAAUCAAGGCGCACUCGAAGGUGGUGGCAGCGUUUGUGGCAAACAGAAUACGCGAUGAUGGAGAGGUCAUUAAGCCGAAAUCCAUCAUGGCUGAGUUAGUACGCGAUUUCGGCAUCAAAAUCAAAUAUGAUGUCGCGCUGCGUGCAAGAAAUCUCGGGAUGGAUAUGAUAUACGGUCGAGUUGAUGAUUCGUUCCUCCUGCUCCCAAGAUAUCUGUAUGCCCUGAAGGAAGCGAAUCCUGGCACCUUAUAUGAUUUGGACGUAGAUGUAGACUGCCGGUUCAAACAUUUGUUUGUUGCUCUGUGGGCUUCCAUCUCACCUUUCUACUUUCACCUUCGACCAGUGAUUGUGGUUGACGGCACACACCUGAAGGGCAAAAAUAGUGGCAUUUUGUUUGUCGCCGUGACAAAAGACGGAAACGAGGCAGUUUUUCCCUUGGCGAUCGGUGUCGGUCCGAUCGAGAAUGAUGAGUCGUGGAAGUGGUUUAUGUCACAUCUGAGAGGUGCUUGCGGCGAGCCCGAUAACUUACUUAUUGUAUCUGAUGCGCAUGUCUCCAUCGCUAAUGCUGUGAAGAGCGAGUUUCCAAAUGCUACUCACGGUAUUUGCUACUACCACUUGUUGAACAAGAUGAAGGGUUACGGGCCCGGUGUUGCUGAGCUUUUCCGCCAGGCUGCAUACGCCUACGAGCAAUCAGAUUACACGCGUGCAAUGUCAGCCAUGGCUGCUCUGAAGCCAAAGGCGUACGAGAAGUUGUUGCGCGUAGGCCCGGAGAAGUGGGCACGAUCACAAUGUCCUGUGUCCCGUUACAGUUUCCUUACAUCCAAUGCCGCCGAGAGUUUUAAUGCACGUUUGCUGUGGGCCAGGCGUCUUCCAAUCUGCUCGAUGUUGGAGGCAGUCAGAUUAGUUGUCGAGCAGUGGUUCAACGACAGGCUUGCGGCCGCACAAGAGAGCGAUGAAAAUCUGACUCCGGAGGCAAAACAGAAGCUCAGUGCAGAACUUGUAAAAAGUCGUCGUUACACAGCCAAGAGGACCACCGAGAGAAAAUACAGGGUUCGUGCUAGUGGUCGCCAUUAUAUGGUUGACCUUCAAAAGCAGAGCUGUGAAUGCAACGAAUUCAACGAGGACCAGAUGCCGUGUUCUCAUGCGAUUGCAGCCAUUACUGAGGCGAACGAGUCAGUGGAGGAUUACGUGCACUCUUACUACUGGAACAGUUCACUAGUUGACACAUACUCUGGUGACGUUAACCACUUGCCUCCCAUAGAGAAUUGGAAUAUUCCUUUCCGAAUUGCAUCUCAGCUUAUUUUACCAAAUCUCUCUCGGCGACAAGCUGGUCGUCCAAAGGAAACUCGAGUUCGAUCCGCAGGUGAAAGGCCGACUCAAAACACAUCAACAGCGGAGGCAUCAACUAGUAGCAAGAAACGAGCACCCAAAACGUGUGGUCUAUGUGGCGGGUCUGGUCACACACGUCGAUCGUGCAAGGGUACGGCCACCGAUGCGUAGUCGUAUUUAUUUUUCUGUUUUAUUUAAGUUCAUUUAGAGUUCCCUAGUUUAUUAUAUUAUUCUAAUUAUUAUGAUAUUAUUUCAAUUUCA